UUCUUAUCAUCGAUAUAUAGUCUUACCUUUUAACCUUUAAAAAACAUAGUAUUAUUUCUUGAAUAAGAUGAUCAUUUCUCAUUUACGAAUCUGAUUCUGAUAGCACCGCAAGAUUUUAAAAAAUUAGGGACGUCCAGUGUUGUCCCCAAAAGCUACAAAAUCGUCCCUACUACUUUUGGGGAGGGUGGUGGUCAUCCCACUGAGCAUUCUACAAAAGUAAUAUUGGAGACAAUUGCACACCGAUCGUCCUCUGCAUUAAUUAAGGAUGAUUUUCGUCCCCAAACGUUUAGAGAUAGUUAUCCUGAUAUCAUCCCGAAACUCAUAAGAGAAUACUGAAUCACUUUGAGGCCGUUAGUCUUCCCUGUAUUAAUACUCUUUAACGAUGAUUUUACCAGCCUUUGGCAUCGAAAAUAAUACAUUAUGGUUAGAAUCUUUCUAAGCAUUUCAAGUAAUUCAGUAAUUUUAAGCUUUUCCAGUGAUUGAGUAAGUAAUUUUAAGCUUGUUAACAUAGCUGGCAUAUUCCUGGUAAGACAGACGCUUUUGAUAUACAUAGAGCUAGUUUAAGGUCGAUCACUUAUCUAUUUGUGCAAGGUAUAAUAAUAGUAAAGCUUGGACAGUUGAGCAUGAUGACAAACCAGUAUGAGGCUUCGCAGAACUAACCUCUUUGCUAGAGACAUAUGGUGGGUAACGUCGAGACUUCAAGAGCGAAGCCUUCUUCAGCAUUUCAAGACAAUGCAACUAAUGGGCCUACUGCUGAUCAAGCUCAAGGAAGUUUGCAAACUUGUGAAGAGUUGCAGUAUAGUUUCAAGGAUUUUGAUGAAUUUAAAAACAAAGUUUUUGCCAAGGACAACAACAAAGUGAAUGUUUUACAAUUCCCAAACUUAGAAGAGGCAAUAAAAAUUGCCAGCACGAUCGUUCCAGACUACCUGCAACAUAUUGCUGGCAAAAUCCAAAUUGAUCGUGGUACAUGUACUGAGUUUGAACUCAUUAAUAUCCAGCUUCUGGUCUGCGCUGCAAUCAAAGAGAUGGAAGAUCUGCCACUUCAGCAACUCAACUUGAGUACGUUUUUAAAGUGGGGAGCUACGUUCAACAGGGCGAAGGAACUUGGUUUUCAAGUGAAAUUUGCUGAUACUCUCUUGAAAAACAACUUGGGUAUUUUCUUUGGUUAUCAGAGGCCGAGCUAAAGGUUGUGUUCAAAGGGUACAUGGAUGUCUAUCGUGCAGCAAAUGUUUUCAAUUUGUGAUAGCCUCUUCCCUUCGAGUUAAUUGGUUUUCAAUUUGUAGUUUUUUUUUUUUCUCUAUCAGAACUUACUGGUUUUGGUCGUUGUCUUCUGUGUUUUUGUUAUCUUUUAGAACGUGAACUUUGUAGUUUUGUGAUAAUCUAUGAUGGUUGCCAAAGUCUAGUAGUGAAAAUUGCGUGAUAAAUAUCUCCAAUUAAGGUGUCUUCAAAGGCAGUUUGACUAAAUAAAUUUUUGCAAGUGUUAUUUCACCUUUUUCCCAAAAGAAACUGCUUAACCCUCCAACUGACUCGAUACUUUGUGCUCUAUUGUGUCUUAAGAAGUUCAAUUGAAUAGAUCGUGUGGGAGUUGAAAUUCCAUGCCACAGGUUCAAUUUACUCGUUCUUGUCUAUAUAUCCUCUUUAUUCCUGGCAUUCUCUUCAUUCACAAAUCUUUGAAGCUGUCUAUUGCUGAGUAUUCAUUGAUGGUCUGCUUUCCCCAUCUUCUCUUGGAAUUAAAUUUAGACCAGAACUGGUAAUUGCCUAUUUCAAAACAUCAAUAUAUGAAAUUUUAUCUCCAAAU